AUGAAUUUCAGUGACACUGAAGUUGCCAUGUCAAUAUUGCUAGAUAAUGGAUUCUUGAAAACAAAUUCUGUAAAAGAUGCUGAUGUAAUAUUAGUCAUGACAUGCUCAAUAAGAGAAUCAGCAGAAGAUAAAAUAUGGAAGCGGCUGAAAUAUUAUCAGUCCAUCAAACAAAACAGACAUCCAUCAAAACUGCCCUUAAAAAUUGGAAUUCUUGGAUGUAUGGCAGAGAGAUUGAAGACUAAAAUUUUAGAAAGAGAAAAAAUAGUAGAUCUUGUAUGUGGGCCAGAUGCUUAUAGAGAUCUUCCUAGAUUGUUAGCUAUCACUGAAUCAAAUCAAUCUGCUGCAAAUGUUCAAUUGUCUUUGGAGGAGACGUAUUCAGAUAUAUCACCAGUCAGGAUUAAUCCUUCUUCUAAAUCAGCUUUUGUGUCUAUAAUGAGGGGAUGUGAUAAUAUGUGUGCGUAUUGUAUAGUGCCCUUUACACGAGGCCGUGAAAGAAGUCGUCCAAUUUCUUCAAUCCGUUCAGAAAUUUCAAAAUUAGCAGAACAGGGUGUGAAAGAAGUUGUUUUGUUGGGACAAAAUGUCAAUAGCUAUCGUGACACAUCAGAAAGAGUUUUUCCAGGACAGCAGACAACUUUAAGCAAUGGUUUUAAAACAGUGUACAAAACUAAACAAGGAGGAUUAAGAUUCUCGGAUCUAUUGGAUAAAGUUUCCUUAGAUAAUCCAGAAAUAAGAUUUAGAUUUACAUCUCCUCAUCCCAAGGAUUUCCCAGAUGAAGUUUUAUACUUGAUCAAAGAAAGAGCCAAUAUUGGUACCAAUAUCCAUCUACCAGCCCAAAGUGGAAACAAUGCAGUGCUGGAGAACAUGAGAAGAGGCUAUACACGGGAAGCAUAUCUUAAAUUAGUUGAUCACAUUCGCUCCAUUAUUCCUGAUGUAGCUCUAACCAGUGAUUUUAUCGCAGGGUUUUGUGGGGAAACAGAGGAGGCUCAUUUAGACACUAUAUCUCUAUUGAAAUUAGCCAAAUAUGAAUAUUGUUUCAGUUUUAUGUACAGUAUGAGGGAAAAGACCCAAGCAUUUCAUCGCCUUGUGGAUGAUGUGCCUUUAGACAUAAAGAAGAGGAGACUUGAUGAAAUCGUCUAUACUUUCAGAGAACUGGUUUUGGAACGCCAUAAAAAUCAAAUCGGACAAGAACAAUUAGUUCUAGUGGAAGGAAUAAGUAAGAGAUCGGAAAGUGAUUUAUAUGGACGAAAUGACAGAAACACAAAAGUUAUAUUUCCGAAUGUUGAGGUUGAAAAUAAUGGAACACUCCAGCCCAUACAGCCAGGGGACUACAUUGUUGUAAAAAUUAACAAUUGUUCGUCUCAAGUGUUAAAAGGGAAUGCAUUAACUCAUUCCUCAAUAACAGAAUUUACUUAUUAUCAAGUAUUAAAACAAGGUUUUGAAUCAACAGAGAUAUUAAAAUUUCAAUAG